GCGAAACAUAAUCCGUGAGAUGAACAAACCGUGAAUAUACAUUAUGAUAGACAGCGGGAGUUGUGUCCACAGGCUAUGACACACUUUCGAGGUCAGAUACGGGGGCCACACUGGGGUCCUACAAUGGACAACAUGCUGAUCGAUUUCUGGCGCAGACACGAGAGCCUUUUUAACUCCUCGGUCGAUUCUUACUACGACAAGGAUUUAAAGACCAAGCUGUGGACCGAGUUCGCAAUGUCCAUCGGAAAGCCAGUGUCUGAUGUUGAGAGAAGAUCCAGAUCGCUCCGGACUCAGUACGGGAGGGUGCUGUGGCAUCCGGAGAAGGUCAGCACUGCCCAGCAGAAGAUGCUGCGGGAGAAACUUGACUUCUUGAGGCCUUAUAUAGUUCGCAGGCGAGGUGAUUCCUACCUGGAGGACAGGUUUGAUGACCGGGAUGAGGAGGAGGAGCUGGAGACCGAAGGAAGUAUCGACCAGGAGAUGGGAAGCUCAUUCGGCAGCCCUCUGGAUGCUGAUGUGACUGUGCAAGAUCCGGAGGAUGAGCCCCACCCCUCCUCCGGCCUGAACUCUGGCCCUCUGCACUGUCCAAACCCACAGCCUCAAGUGACAGAUGUCAUGUCUUUGAGCUGUCCUUGCGGUCGCGGGGACGAGGGUCCUGCUGAUCAGCCCGACCAAACGGCUGCACCGCACGCAUCCACACACAACAUACUCAAUCAGUUUGCAGAGGUGAUGUUGGCGGACAUGCGUCAGAUCAAAGACCACAUGGUGCUGAUGAGACUUCGGCGAGACGUCACAGACCUGGUGUUCAAAGCGGUGGAGGAAGACGCGCAGAGACGAUGCGUUCGGGCGCCCUCGGUGCUGGGGGAGAGCGUGGCGUUGCGCGGCUGCUCCAGGCCCCAGCAGGCAUCCUCACGGACACACCGCUCGUGGAGGCAGAUGUUUCUGAAGAGAAAGAAUGAGGGGUGUGAGGUCGCAAGGAGGACGCAGAGAUUGGAGGAGAUGAGGCACGUGAGGAGAAUGUCCACGAGUCGGGUAUUGCAGCCCGUCCAGCAAGGCCGAGCAGUGGGGGAGAUGAGUGGAAACGACUCCCUGGUUUUUAUCCAGGCUGCUGAGAUCAAACGAGAGACAGAGCAACACAUGGUUAAUAUUGGGGAGGAGACGCUUCCAUCGGUUUGA